CAAACAUGGUAGACCACUUACUGCUCUGUGGUUAUCGCUAGCUUACUUAACAUAAAACUUCUUUUUUUUAAAUCCGGAACAAAUGUGUGUGUUAUGAAAGACGUUUCUUUAGUUUGUGUAUGUGGCGCGUCAGCAGCAGGGUAGAGCAGACGAACAUUAGUUGUCGUUGAAUCUGGAGUUUUAGCUGUGUUAGCUUAGCGAGUAGGUUACCAAGGUAACGUUAGCCAACCAUUAGCUAAUGCAUUUCAGGAGCUGUUGGUGUUUUCUUUUCCAAAAAUAGAUUUUUCUUUGAAACAGGUUGAUUAUUUAGGGUUGUCUUGUAUACCGAAUCAAAGCACACAAUGAUCUUAAUUAAUUAAUCUGGAUUAAUGUUAAUAACCGUAUGUGUUAUUGAGCCGAUAAGGGAAAAAUCAGUAAAUCACCAGAUUUGUGAAUGAAAUUCCUGUUUCGCUUCAGUAAAUCUGAUUUUUGGCUUCUGCUCCUCAACUGGAAACAACAACACACCACUUCCGUUUUAAAGUCAGGAUUUCAGAUCACAGUUUUAAUAGACCAACAUCUGAGAAUCAAGAAUAAUGAAACUAUGUUGGCCCUCCUGACUCCAGACAAAUGAAAUGAAGUUACAUUAUAGUACAAACGAAUCAGGUGCAGUUCAACCUGAAGGACAUGAAACAAACCGAUGCUCACUGUUCACAUUUAACAAGCAGCUGUGGCAGAACUUUACCUCAAUUCAAUUCAGUUUACAUAAGGAAACAGUCUCAACAAGACUAUAGAUCUGAACAAACUCUCAGUGCUGGACAGUUUUUGGAGACCCAACUCAGUCAGGACUGGUUCACUCUCAGACCUGUAUCCAGUGAGACAUGGAGCAGUACAGUAUUCUGGGUCGGAUUGGAGAAGGGGCCCACGGCAUUGUCUUCAAAGCCAAACACAUCGAGACAGGAGAGACAGUGGCUCUGAAGAAAGUGGCUCUGAGGAGGCUAGAGGAUGGCAUCCCCAACCAGGCUCUGAGGGAGAUCAAGGCCCUGCAGGAGAUUGAGGACAACCAGCAUGUAGUGAAGCUGAAGGAUGUUUUCCCUCACGGUACUGGCUUUGUCCUGGUGUUUGACUUCAUGCUCUCUGACCUGUCUGAGGUCAUCAGGAACUCCCAGCGACCUCUGACCCCGGCCCAGGUCAAAGGUUACAUGAUGAUGCUGCUGAAGGGCGUUGCCUUCCUGCAUCACAACAACAUCAUGCACCGGGACCUGAAGCCAGCAAACCUCCUCAUCAGCUCCUCAGGUCAUCUGAAGAUCGCAGACUUCGGUCUGGCCAGACUGUUCAGUGAGCAGGGAGAGAGGCUGUACAGCCACCAGGUGGCCACCAGGUGGUACAGAGCUCCCGAGCUGCUCUAUGGAGCCAGAAAGUACGACGAGGGAGUCGACUUGUGGGCAGUGGGCUGUAUCUUCGGGGAGCUGCUGAACUCGUCUCCUCUGUUUCCUGGAGAGAACGACAUUGAACAGCUCUGCUGCGUACUCAGAGUGCUGGGUACACCAACACAAGAGAGCUGGCCUGAGAUAGUGGAGCUCCCAGAUUACAAUAAAAUCACCUUUAAGGAGAAUCCAGCGAUCCCAUUGGAGGAGAUCGUCCCUGACACGUGCCCUCAGGCUGUUGACCUGCUCUACAAGUUCCUGGUGUAUCCAUCCAAACAGCGCUGCUCAGCCAGACAGGCUCUCCUCCAUCCAUACUUCUUCUCCUCUCCUCUCCCCGCUCACCACUCAGAACUGCCCAUCCCUCAGAGGGGGGGCCGACCCCCCCGCCAACGCCUGCAGGCUCCGCCCACUGACUUCUCAGUGGACCUGCCCCUGCAGAACAGUGUGGUUGACCCUGCGUUGCUGCAGGGACAUGCAUCCUGCCUCUGAACAAACAGAUGAACUGACCAAUCAUCUCUCUCUACACCUUCUUCUACACUUUUAUCUGUUGAUUUUAUUUAUUUAUCGCGUGUUUCACUGAAGUGUUCGUGUUCUUGU